AUGGCAGCCAUGCCCAACUUCCUCAACCGUCUCAUCCGGCCCUUCACAUCCUCCUCCUCCCUCUCCGUCACCCCCGCCGCAUCACAAGUAUCCGUUCCUGAAACCGCGCAAAAAUGUACCAUUGCCGCAGGUUGUUUCUGGGGCGUCGAACACAUGUAUCGCAAAGAAUUUAGCGGAAGAGGCUUGUACGAUGCGCGUGUUGGAUAUAUCGGAGGUGAUACCGAGAACCCUAGUUAUAGAGCCGUGUGUUCCGGUUCUACUGGACACGCAGAAGCCCUCCAAAUUCACUACGAUCCUGCACAAAUCACCUACCGCCAAUUGAUAACUUAUUUCUACCGCAUGCACGAUCCUACAACUGCAAAUCAACAGGGUCCAGAUAGAGGCUCGCAAUAUCGAUCUGGAAUCUUCUACCAUAAUGAAGAACAGGAGAAAGAAGCGCGGGAAAUUACUAAGCAGGUUAACGAGCAGUGGUGGAAGGGAGGUGUGGUUACGGAAAUUCUAAAGGCGGGAGAGUGGUGGGAUGCGGAGGCGUAUCAUCAGAAGUAUUUAGAUAACAACCCGGGUGGAUAUGAAUGUCCAAGUCAUUUUGCGAGGAGAUUCCCGCCGUUAGAGGAUUAG